AUGGAGACGCUGCAGGUGGAAAACCUCUACUCCGGAAGUUGCUGCUGCACUCUUAUUCGCUUCAAUGAACUUUUGCUGCUGGUCAACUGCGGCAUUUCCGACACCCUAGACCCUACCCCCCUCGCGCCCCUCCUCAGACAGCUGGGGGAGGUGGACGCGGUGCUGCUGAGCCACGGCUCUGUGGCUUAUUGUGGGGCGCUGCCGCUGCUGCACCGGCUGCAGUGGCGCAGCCCCGAGGCCCCCGCAGCAGCAGCAGCAGCAGCAGCAGCAGAAGCAGCAGCAGCAGCAGCAGGGGACUGGGACCCGCCUGCUGUUUUCUGCACGAGUGCAGCGCAGCUCCUGGGCAAAGCUGCAACAGAGGCGGCGCUGCUGGCAGCAACAGACUGUUACUCCAUUCGCAACAGUUCUGCUGCUGCUGCUGCUGCGCCGAAGGCAGCAGCAGCUGCUGCUGCUGCUGCUGCACGCAGCAGCGCAGCAGCAGCCACCGAGGGACUGCAGUCCAGCGGCCUCCCCUUCACUGCAGCAGAUGUUGCUGCUGCUUUUGCUGCAUGCAGCCCCAUAAACUACCACCAGACAGUGCCCUUGAAGAGACGGAGGCGGCGCUGCUCCUGCUGCAGCAGCAGCAGCAACAGCAGCAGCAGCAGCAGCAGCAGCAACGGCAGCAGCAGCAGCAACGGCAGCAGCAGCAGCACAAGCAGCAGCAGCAAUGGCGAAGGCCGCAUGGAGACUGACUCGGAGCCCCAAGCGCCGGCCUCCCCUGGAACUUGCUGCUGCUGCUCUUCGCAGCAGCAGCAGCAGCAGCAGCAGCAGCAGCAGGAGUCUGGGGUGUAUGUACAGUGCAUCCGCGCGGGGCUCAAUUUGGGCGGAGCUGUUUGGCUGCUGGAAAGUGAUGGCUUAAGAGUUGCUGUUGCUGUUGGACAUGCAGUCUCUGCACUCUGGUACCUGCUGCUGCUGCUGCUGCUGCUGCUGCUGUUGCUGCUGCUGCUGCUGCUGCUUGUGCUGCUGCUGCGGGUGCGGGCGAUGUUUGUGCUGCUGGCGUUCCUGCUGCUUGCGGGGCUGCUUCGGGCGUUGUUGUGUGCUUCUCGCUGCUGCUGCAGUGCUGAGCAGCUCUGCUGCUGCUGCUGCAUCUGCUGCUGCUGCUGCUGCAUCUGCUGCUGCUGCGUUUGCUGCUGCUGCUGCAGGCAUGUCGACGGAGGCGAGUUGCUGCCGUUGAGCUGCGGGGCGCAGCCGCUGAUCGGGCCCCCUGCAGCAGCAGCAGCAGCAGCAGCAGCAGCAGCAGCAGCAGCAGCACCGCCUUCUCCUUGGCUGGGGACCCGCCUGCGGCGCUUCAACGUUCUUGUGGCUUCUUGCCCAGCAGCAACAGCAGCAGCAGCAGCAGCAGCAGGGCAGCCGCAGCAGCAGCUGCGGCAGCUGCUGCUGCGCGCAGCCACAGAAGUCCUCAGGGGCUCGACUGUGCUCAUUCCUGUGGACCUCGACGGUAGGGUUUAG